AUGGCUCCGUCGACUCCAAAGCUCUUCACGUCCGUGACUUUAGGCGGCAAGAACCCCAUCCAGCUCAAACACCGAGUGGCUAUGGCUCCUCUGACAAGACUUCGUACGGGAGCUGAAGGUGAACCCAAAUUCAUCGCUGCAGAGUACUACUCGCAGCGUACCACCGACGGCGGUCUGAUCAUUUCGGAGGCCACUGACAUCUCCAAGCAAGGCAACGGCUAUUUCGGAGCUCCUGGACUGUACACGCAGGAGCAAGUGGAGGCGUGGAAGCCUGUCACCAAGGCCAUCCAUGCGAAGGGUGGCAAGGUAUUCGCACAAUUGUGGCACACGGGUCGUGUGAGCCAUCCACUGAACCAACCGAACGGAAAAUUGCCCGUGUCGGCCAGCGCCACCAGCAUGGAGGCGGUGACAAGCCACGCUGUCGCUGCUGAGGGUCGUAAGGACCACGUGACACCGCGCGCUCUAGAAGCUGACGAGAUUCCUGGAAUUGUGGAGGACUACAAAACAGCGACGAAGAAUGCCCUCGCUGCAGGUUUUGACGGCGUGGAGCUGCACGCUGCUAACGGUUAUCUGCUGGAACAAUUCCUCUGCGACACGACCAACAAGCGUACCGACCAGUACGGUGGCUCGAUUGAGAACCGCGCGCGCAUUCUGUUGGAGGCGAUUGAAGGCAUCCUCUCUGUGGCAGAUUCGAGUAAGGUCGCGAUUCGCCUCUCACCAUAUGGCAUCACCUUUGCCUGUACGGAUUCGAACCCGUUGGAAACGUAUGGCUACGUGAUCCGUAAGUUGAACGACUACGACCUAGCCUACCUUCACGUAGUUGAGCCUUAUAAUUGGCACUUCACGGGGCCGUUGGUCCCGGAAGGAGGCAUUUCACCGGUGUUUCGUCCAAUGUACAAGGGUGUGAUCAUUGCAGCUGGUGGCUUUAACCGUGAGACUGCCAUCAAGAACGUCGAGGAAGGCUACGACGACAUCAUUGCCUUCGGACGAGACUUCAUCGGCACACCUGACAUUGUGGAGCGUGUUAAGGCCGACAAGCCUCUGAGUAAAUUCGACACCAAAACAUUCUAUCCGCGAGCGUGGACCGACCCGUUGGAGGUGGGAUAUACCGACUAUCCAUUGUGGCAGGAGGACUCCUAG